AUGUCAUUGAAUAGGCAUCCGGGGUUGUCGGAGGAGGAUGUUGAGGCCGCAGAGGUGCUGGACGAGUUGAGAAAGGCUGGGAUAAACAGGAGUAGGUCUGCGACGGAUGCGUCGCAGGCUGCUGCCGACGGCGGGGAGACCCGUGAGGGGUCGACGCUGCUGGAUCGGGUUGUAAAUAAUGUCGUCACGCUGUAUGACGAGAUGAGUAACAGGAAGCGGGUCGCCUCGAUUGCCAGGUUACUGGACGAUGCAUACGAUGAAAACUAUACUACCUCAGGAGAGGAAAGUGGGAGCGAUGACGAGGAAGAUGAAGAAGACGAGGAGGAGGAAGACGACGGCGUGGACCACAAUCGCAAGGUUAGGGGAGGGAGCCAUCGUGAUGUGGAGCAAAGUGACGAUGACGAUUCGAGUUCCGUGGUCUCCGAGAGCAGGAUAUCCAAGAGGCAGAAAAUAGCUGACGCUAUUGAUAACUUAAAAGAAUACAAGCUCAAUAUGUCCAUCGAGUCGAAGAAACGACUGUUUACUUGCCUUCACCUCUUGAAACUCGCUAACAAACAGCUAUCCGACAAAGUCACAUACCUGCAGGAUCUGGUUCAAAAGGAGGAUGACGCGAGUUACAAAGCGGGGCACCGCCAGAAUCCAAACACAGCAAGAUUGCAUACACAAAACCCUGUCAAGCACGAGCACGAGGAGACGGAGGACCGGUUCUUUGACGCAUUCGACUCAACGGAGACAGAAGAGCAGGCCACGGUGAUCAAAAUGGAGGUCGUCGGCACUAUAAAGAAGGUUUACCACAUGAUAUCGCGCUUCACGGGGAGCUCGCUCCCGGAGCCGGCCCGCUCGCAGGUGCGUGAGACGCUGUUGAACCUGCCGACAAACUGGUCCUCCAGUGUUUCAAAUCUCAUACCCAACGAACCGAGCGGCACGGCAGGUGCAACAAGGGUCCCUCCCAAAUCGUACAUCUACGAAACGAGCAAGAGGGGCCGCAGCGACACAAACAGCAGCGGAGACAUGACAAACCAUGCGUUGACCACCAACGGAAAAGUGCUGAUACUGGCGAAGGAGUCCCUUGAUAUGGUACAAAACGUCAUGGACGUUGUAGACACCACACUGGGGAGAGCAGAGGAAUGGGUCAAGCAUAAACAGGAGGCCAAGGAAAACAUAUACGAGAGGUUCAAGGGCGAGAGAAAAGACAGCACCUGA